AUGAAACUAGUUUUUUUUUGCCUAGUUCAGUUAGUGAUGGGAUUGAGUACUGGAGAAAGAGUGAUUAAGAUAAUUUCUAGGAGCCAUCCUAGCAUGAUUUUAUCAACAAAGCAUUCUGAAGCUGAAGGCGACAGCGUUUUGUUGAUUGAUUUCAAGAAGAAUAAGGGAGCUAAAAAGGCAAUUGAAUCAAAUUUUAUGAUCACAAGUGAGACGAGUGAAAUAAGGCAAGGCGACAUCAACUUGUGUAAACAUGAAUUCAACAAUAAUAUUAAGACAUGCCCUGUAAGUGAAGUUCCAAGUGAUAAUUCUGUAUGGAUUCCUUACUCUGUGAAUGGAGGAGUAAAUAUAAAAAAUAAGCAUGGUUUGUGCAUGAUGCCUGAUCCCAGUCAGCUAAAACCUGAAGGAAUGGCCAUUGUUGCAAAAAAAUGCGUACCUGAAUCAAUAGAUCAAAUUUUCGAUAUAAGUGAUGUUAAAGGUGAAGACAGUCAGUCCAACAAUGGAUCCGAGGAUAAUUUGGAGCAUAAGGGGGAUGCGCCCAUGGGAAGUAUGCUUGAAUACAUACUCAGCCUGUCUCCAGAAAUACGAAAACAACUGAAAUCGCGUUUGAUUCUUUAUGAUGCAGAUGGAAAGAAGAUUAAGUCGUUUGUUGGAAGUGUGGAGUCGCUAACAAAUAUCGAUCCAAGCCUAGGGUUAUUUCCUCACAUGAUUGAUGGGUCAGUGCCGUAUCCAAGAAUGAAAUCACUGGAUCAGUACAAAAGCAAUAGAGAUGUUGCUAUUUCUCCGACAUAUUUUCACAAUGGAAUCUAUGCAUAA